UCUCCCCUCCCCGCCGCUGCCUGUCACAGCCUCUCUGCCGAUAUUAUAGGGGCCGAAGCUUGGAGCUCAAAGCGCAAAGUCAGCCAGUGUAAUGAACUUCUGGAAACCUUUCCCUUUUUAUACCAUUCAGUUUCUGAGAGGCAGAGACAGCCUCCUCUGACGCCUUUUCCCCCCUUCCAUUAUUUUUCCAGGCUCUGAUCUCCCUGCUCGCUGCACCGAGGCGCUCGGCGCAGAGCCCCGCUCCCCAUCCUACCUUCUCCUUCAUCUCAUUGUUGUCCUGGCUGCUGUGGCUCUCGCUUGCCUUCCAGGAGCGCGGUGGCGAGCCCAGCCGCACCCCCCUGCACCCUCCCGGGGUCCCGAGAGCAUCUGCUCUCAGGGGGGCAGCGAGUGGCCGCUGACUUUGGGUUAUUUCGUUUGGGUUUUUUUUUUUUCCUUUUUUCUCCUUUUUUUUUUUCCCCCCUCCUUGCCGCGUCCCCGCCGUGUGUCCCCGUCCCUCGGGAAGACAUCGCUGGGGAGCGGGACAGCGGCGAGGAUGUGCCGGCCCCCGCGGCGGAGCCAGCAGUGAGCGCCCGAGGGAGGCACCUGCCCUGCGGAGCCGCCGCGCCGGCGGGGGGGGGACACCGCCUCGCCCCGGCGCCGACACUUCGCCCCGAGUUUAACGACUCCCCGGGGGCUUCGAGCAUGAGCAAGCCGGCGGGAUCAACAAGUCGCAUUUUAGACAUCCCUUGCAAAGUGUGUGGGGACCGCAGCUCCGGGAAACACUAUGGGGUUUACGCCUGCGAUGGGUGCUCGGGAUUUUUCAAGCGGAGCAUCAGGAGGAAUAGGACCUAUGUUUGCAAAUCGGGAAAUCAGGGAGGCUGCCCGGUGGACAAGACGCACAGGAACCAGUGCCGGGCCUGCCGGCUGAAGAAGUGCUUGGAGGUCAACAUGAACAAAGACGCGGUGCAGCAUGAGCGGGGCCCCCGGACAUCGACGAUACGGAAGCAGGUGGCCCUCUACUUCCGCGGGCACAAGGAGGAGAGUGGCGGCGCCCCGCACUUCCCCGCCACCGCCCUGCCGGCUCCCGCCUUCUUCACCGCUGUCUCCCAGCUGGAGCCCCACAGCCUGGAGCUGGCUGCUGUCGCCGGCACCCCUGAGAGGCAGGCUCUGGUGGGCCUGGCACAGCCCACCCCAAAGUACCCACAUGAAGUCAAUGGUACCCCUAUGUAUCUCUACGAAGUGGCCACCGAAUCCGUCUGCGAGUCAGCAGCCAGACUUCUGUUCAUGAGCAUCAAGUGGGCAAAGAGUGUCCCAGCCUUCUCCACCUUGUCCUUACAAGACCAGCUGAUGCUUUUGGAAGAUGCUUGGAGAGAACUGUUUGUUCUAGGAAUAGCACAAUGGGCCAUUCCAGUUGAUGCUAACACUCUACUGGCUGUAUCUGGCAUGAACGGUGACAAUACGGAUUCUCAGAAGCUGAAUAAAAUUAUUUCAGAAAUACAGGCCUUACAGGAGGUUGUGGCUAGAUUUAGACAACUUCGGCUAGAUGCUACCGAAUUUGCCUGUCUCAAAUGCAUUGUCACUUUUAAAGCUGUGCCUACACACAGUGGUUCUGAACUGAGGAGUUUCCGAAAUGCUGCCGCCAUAGCAGCCCUUCAAGAUGAAGCCCAGCUCACUCUGAACAGCUACAUCCAUACCAGGUAUCCCACACAACCCUGUCGCUUUGGAAAACUUCUAUUGCUUUUACCAGCUUUACGUUCGAUUAGUCCAUCUACGAUAGAAGAAGUGUUUUUCAAAAAGACCAUUGGGAAUGUACCAAUUACAAGACUGCUUUCAGAUAUGUACAAAUCCAGCGACAUAUAAAUUACCUUAAAAUAAACAAUCAGGAUGGACAGUUUGAGAAGAACUUUUAUCUAUGGAGAAUAAGCCUCAACUAACAAAAUCUACAGGAAGCAUAAGCCUGGGAAUGUUUAGCCUUUAAACCCAUUGACAAAAAAUACCCCAGUAGAUAUGACUCUGCUGUUCUGAACAGAGUGAUUUAGAUCAUGGAGAGAAUGCUUUGUUCUACAGAAAAAGUGAAAGUGGUUGGAAUUUGGCUGCUAUUCCUGUUACUACAGGAUGGAGGCAAUUCAGAUGCCAGUCACAGUUAACAAAGACUCUGCUAUUCUCUCAUUUAACUGGCAGAUCUGAGACAAAAUGUGAAAGAAGGUACUUUAGUUUGUUCAGUAUUUGGAACUGGGCGACCAAACUUGGCUUCUGUUGUAACAUGAGAUGCGGUGGCCUUCAGAACUGUUUUAAAAGUAGCCUAUGUUGGGAAAAUGUUUUUAAUACGAUAGGCAACAUUUAAGACCAGGUUACCAAAACAUUGCUUCUGCUAUAAUACAUCAUGAAGUGGCCUUCAGAACUGAUUAAAAAGUAGCUUAUGACGGCAGCUCCAUUCUUUCUGCAAAAUGAACUGGUGAUCUUUGGUGCAGAUGUCACCACAAUUUGUUUGGUUAACAUCUCAAAGACAGAAGAGCUUUAUACACUUCCUCCCCGACCUUCCCUCCUUCUUCUUCCACACACAGACACACACACACACACACCUGAAAAGAUACAAGUCAAGAAAGGAAAACUAAAACAGCAAAACCAAAUACAAUGGAGAUGACCGCUUCAGUGACCUGCUGGCUGUCCCGUUGGCACAGUGCUGAAACCAAAGGCAAUGGUGGCCAAACUCUUUGUCAAUGAGAUGCGCAGAGAAGUGAAAUGACUAUUAAAAAAAACAAUCAACGGACAGAAUUUUAUUUCAAAGAAAUAAAGGUUGUUGACUGAUACGAUGCUAACAAUUUCCAAAAGUCUCCAAUGCCUUUUUAGAAAACUCCAGGUUCUAAUUUCGAAGCCUUGUUCGCCUACACCCUCUCACACACAAAAACGUUAUAAGCUGCUUAUUUGAUGUGUGAAAAAUGUAGAAAAAAACAUUUAAAGAUAGCUGCUGUACUUUUCAAAAUUUGAUUUGUUAUUAGGAACUAGCACUGAGAAAAAUCAGCACUUGGACUAUCAUAGAAUGAGUAAAACUUUUCAUGUACAAAGUGGAUUAACUGAUUUGUGAAGUUAAAAAGUUGUACUCAUUGUAUUUACAAAGAAUAAAAAUAUAUUGAAUUUAAAUUACUUUCCACCAUUCUUUUAAUGCUUGUCCUUCUAUUUCUGGAUUAGUUUCUUCCACUGUACCCUACUUACCAGGGAGCAGAAAUAUUCUCUCCUAAAAUGGAUUGCCUUGGAUGCUGUGGAGUCUCCAUCAUCAGAGGUUUUAAAAAACAGG